CAAGGUUUGAGAAGAAAAAAAAAGAAAUUAGUCAUUGAAAAAAGCAUAGCUAUCAUAAGGAUGUGAGUGUUAAUAUUCAUUAAAGGGAUUUUAAAAUCUAAAUUACAUUUGUUUUCGAAAAGGAAAAAUGGGUUUCCCUUUUAUAUCAUCGUCAAGUAAAGCUGGUUGUCUUGGUGGUGUUUUGUUGAGCUUAUCAGUGGUGAUGUAUAUGCUACUACAUACAUGUACAAAUUAUACAUCUCUAAACUUUACAUACCUAACAAUUCCAGAGCUUCGUAGGCCGGGUAAAAAUGACAAACUGGUUACAACCAGGGCUACACAGAUAAACAGAAUAACACAUUUCAAAACCACGUGCGAAAGGUAUGGAUUUUAUGAAAAUGCAGUACAAAACAAGAAUAUUACAAUCAUGGUUUUACACUCGGAGAAGUACAAAUUAGCAACUAAAAUUGUGCCAAAAGUUGGGUCGACAUUUAUGAUUCAGGCGUUCCAUAUUCUCACAGAAUCUGAAUCGACCGACGUUUUUAAAAGACCAAGGAGCCAUUUACACGAAGGCGAAGCGAUGCCAUUCAAAAGCCAAGUUGCUGUUGAUACUUUAGCAGAUUAUACGUUCCUCGUCAUGGGAAGGAACCCAUACUCACGCUUGUAUUCAGCCUACGUUGACAAAGUGUUUGUUUUCAAUAACUUUGAAGUGGGUUUGGACAUAUAUUCUAAACUUUACGACGAAGAAACUAUAACGGAGGACCCCACGUUAUGUCGCUAUGACAUUUCCUUUGAACAGUUUCUUAAGUAUCGUUUUGAUGCUGGGGGAAGUGUUGGCUCCGGGCAUUAUAAUCCCAUUAUGUCAGCCAACAAAUUAGCGAACUUGUGCAGUCUUCCAAAAGUCAUAGUUAUAAAACAAGAGAGCUUUUCGGACGAUAUAGACCUCGCGCUAAAAGCCGUUAAGGUUACGGGUCACGUGUACGAUGUUUUAUCCAAUCAGCUUCACGCGAAACGGGGAAAAUCUACGAUCAUCAGUAUUGUUGAAACAGUGUACGAAAAGCUGUCACAGAAAAUAGAAAAGACUUGUUUAACGUGGAAUGACAUUGCUAAGAAAUUAUGGAAAUCUUUUCAAAUCCAGGGCUACAUCCGGGACAGCUCGAAAUUUCCCGCCAAAGGAAAAUACUCACGUGCUGCGGAUCUAAUCAGCGUUAUUCGAAAGGAAAUAAAACUGCGACCUUUGACACACGACGAGUCAGUAAAGCAAAGAAAUAAGGCCUUAAUAAAAGCAUAUUCGGACGUGGAUGUGAGUUAUAUAAGGAAAAUACGUGACAAUUACUCUCUAGAUUUUGAAUUCUUUCAGUAUGGGGAAGCACUUAAAGUGUAAACAAAAUUUGUCUCUGUUAAGGAUUCAUAUCAAUAUUGACUUAAACCAUUACCGUACUUAAUCAAUAUUUUGCUUAAAUUGUGAAAAAUACAGAAGUUGUGUUGAUGCGUUUUUCACUUAUAAUUGCAUUUAACUUAAUUUUUGUCAUGUUAUAUCACAGUUUACAUAAAUAAACUGUCUAAACUGUCUAAUUACUAAUUAUAGUAGAUUAUAACGAGUUCUAAAUCAAAAUGUUAUUACUAAUCAUAAAACAUGUUCAUACUUAAUUAACAAGAACUCUACCAACAUUACUUUCUUCUCGAAUAUUUUAUAAGAAUAUCUAGAUAUUUAUGAUAUUUUUUCUAUUGUGCUGCUAAAUACAUGUAUGUGAAUAAUUAAUGAAAUAUGUACAUUUUGUAGACCAAUACACUUUAUUUAGGGCAACUCCUAUUCCAUGGCUGAGUGUUUACGGUCGUUGUAUUGAAACGACUUGCCCUUCACCGUUGCGGGUUCGAAUCCUGACACGGACUUUGAAUUCUCUAAUGUGAGAAAGCUCCCAAGGACCCUUUCGGUGGUUCUAUUCAGGUGCCCGGUCGUGGCUGACAUAAUGCAUAGAAGGGCGCCUGAGGUCUUCCCUCACCAGUAAAGCUGGAAAGUCGCCAUAUGACCUCGUACUGUAUCGGUACGCCGUUAGAUAAGAUAAAAUGUUGUAUCUCUUCCUUUCAAAGUAAGUGACGAGUUAUUUGUAAUUAAAACAAAUCAUCUCGUCUUACGGUAAGAAAAUAACCGCU